AGAAAAGGAAAAAUUUCAUCUCCUACCUUUGGACCCGUCCUCUGCAACAAAAACCCUAGUCACAGUGGCACCGUUUUAAUUUAUCUGCCUGCGGAAAUAAGAGGAAAAGGCUUGUAUUUCAAAAAUAAUAAUAAUUAUUAAUUAAAAGAUGCAGCACGAUGAGGUUAUCUGGCAGGUUAUCAGGCACAGUCAUUGCAGUUUCAUGGCCAAAAUUACAACUGGUAACUUCUGUAGAAACCCUUACAACGUGACUGGUGUCUGCAAUCGGAGCUCGUGCCCUCUCGCUAAUAGUCGUUACGCCUCUAUUCGUGAUCAUGACGGGGUGUUCUAUUUAUACAUGAAGACUAUAGAAAGGGCUCAUAUGCCGAAUAAAUUGUGGGAGAGAGUUAAGUUGCCAAGCAAUUAUGAGAAGGCGCUCGAGCUUAUUGAUAAACAUCUGAUGUAUUGGCCUAAGCUUCUAGUACACAAAGUCAAGCAACGGUUGACGAAAAUGACACAGAUGCGAAUUCGAAUGAGAAAGCUUGCUUUGAAGACAAGGGAAAAGAUUAUUACUGCGCCAAGGAUGAAAGAUAAAAGAGAUCGUAGAAAUCAAGAGAAAGCUGAAAAGGCAGCUUUGUUGGAAAAGAAUAUUGAAAAAGAAUUGCUUGAACGUCUUACCAAAGGAGUUUAUGGUGACAUUUACAAUUAUCCUACUGAAAAAUUCAAUGAACUACUUGAUUUGGAUGAUCUGCAAGUUGCUGAUGAAGACAAAGAGGAGGAGGAACCUGAGAUAGAGUAUGUUGAGGCUGAAGACGAAGAGGAAGAAGACAUGGAAGAUUUUGGUGGAAUCGAUCUUACCCAUGCAUUUGAUGCAGAUAAUGAUGCAGAGGAUGAAGAUGAAGAUGAUGCUGAAGAUAAUGAAAAAGUCGAUCACAAGAGAGUUAGAAAUGAAUCUGAUUUUGCCUUACGAAAGCGUGACAAAGAUGCUGGUUCUAAAUUAAAGAAAAAAGCCAGGGUGCUUGUUGAGGUUGAGCAUGAAGGUGCUUCAGAAAGGCAAAAAGGCGUUCAUUGAUUGCUUAUUUUUCAGUUCAUCUUGCGAGACAGCCCAUAGUUAUCCCAUGAAGUGUAGAUUACUUGGCCAGUAGAAGUUCCUGAAGGCCAUGCAAAAUUUUGAAUGCUAUAGACAUAGUUAAACCUUCUCCUGCGCCUUAUCGCUGCUGUUCUGCAUCCGCAACCACCCCCCCAAGAAAGACUUUUAAAAUGUGAGUUUGAUAGAUUUAUCUUUAGCGUCAAGUUUUAUCUUUCUCGUUUUCUUUUCUAAUUACCAUGGGUUUCUUUUUACCAGUUCAGAUAUCUAAUUAGUUGCUGUAUUUGGAUUUAUGCAUGUAUACAUAUAAUGAAACUUAUCGAACCAUAUCCUCCCUUUUGCUUA